AUGGCGUCCGUUUCCUCGAGAGGCCCGACGCCUCACUCCCCUUACGACGUCCAGUCCGCCGCCGACACGGACGAGUCGUGGCAAUACCUGGACUACGCCUCGUACCCGGCCUCAGUCGGGUUCCUGCCUAGCCCGGCCAGCACAAGCUUAAACGGCUAUGCCGUUGUCGGGCACCGCGUCAGCCCAGACCCGGUGGGCCUGUCCCCGCUGAACCUCGAUCCCGACCCCGACCAGUCUGCUUUCUCCGCCGCGGGCUUCCCGGACCAGCCCGAAGCUUUUGCCGCCCCGGCCCCGUCCGCUAAUGAUCAGUUCGUUGCCUCCGGCCAGGAAUCGGACUUUUUGACGCCGCAGGGCUAUCUCUUCUCGGAAGAGCAGCUCAAUCUGAAAGAUUUGACAUCCUUCGUCAACUCAUUCCAGACGAACGGGCCCCCGAUGGGGCUGGAGACAUCUCCCCAAAACCAGCAGGACGGCAUCGAUCUCUCACAAAUAUUCCCACCUGAUGCGAACCCGGGCCCAUGGAGUCCGACGAACCUCAAGGUCGACAAUGGAAGAUCCGUGAUCUUUAUGGAGGACCUCCCUUCCUCAUCGCAGGGGUCCGCAACAACGAGCCCGCCUCACUCGAACCCGACCUCGCCUGAUAUCAAGCACGAGGCUGACAAGGUCACCGUAUCCAGCCCCAUCCGCAAGGUCAUGGCCGGCAAGGUGGAGAAGAAGACGGCCGAGGCGGCGAGCAAGUUCGUCAUCGUUACACCCCACUCUAUCAACGCCCACUCGGGCCGGCCCAACCCGUUCGAGUGCUUCGAGGCCUUGAAGCCCCAGACACGCGGGCGCAAGGGCCCGCUGGCCAACGCCACCAAGGAGAGCGCCCUGAAGGUCCGCCGCCUGGGCGCAUGCUUCUGCUGCCACAGCCGCAAGGUCAAGUGCGACUUACAGAGGCCGUGCAAUAAUUGCAAAAAGCUCGCGGUCCAGGUGCCGCAAGUCCUGUGCUGGCAGUUCGCCGACUUCCUCACCGUUCUGUUCCCCGACUUCAUGCGGAGCCACUUCCGGAAAGACCAGAUGUCCCGCUUCAUGACGGAGAACGUCGAUCUCGACGCGGUGGAGCUGGCGCCCCGCGAGAUCGAGCUCUUCUCGGGCCUGCCGGCGACGCUGAAAAUCAAGGCCAGGUUCUUCAAGCCCCGGACCGCCGACGUGCAGCAACAUUACCAUCUGCACGUGCAAAGAGACAGGGUGGACCUCCAAGCCAGAGGCACGGCCCCGAUGGUGUUGGAGCUCGACUCGGUAUCUCAAAGAGAGGCUCUGAGGAAGAAGGUGAAGGAGUAUCUCGCCGAAAUCGCUGCUGAGCCCAAGUACGCGAAAUCGGUGACGGAGUCAAUACGGCACACGGAGCUGCCGAGGAAAGUGUUGGACGUUGUGCAUCAGUAUGCCAGCAAGUCUGAUUCUACAAUGGUCAAGAAAGCCUUAGCGAUAUACGGCGCCCACUUUGUCAUGACCCGGCACCUCUGCAUCACCCGGCCGAGCGUCGUCAGCCUGCAAGACUCGGGUCUCGUGCCGCAGGAAGUGCCGUGGGUGACACCGCGCGUCCUCAACCGGCAGAUCAAGGCGGUGAUUGACGAGCUCUUGAUGAAGGACAUGCAGCGCCUCUUCGAGUCCUUUUCCAAGUCGCUCAAGCCCAAGUCGCGGGCGGAGUGGGCGCCGUGCAUGGCGUCGUUCCUCGUGCUCUGCCUGUUCAUGGAGUCACUCGAGACGGCCGCCGACACGUUUGUCGUGGCGCUCAAAGAGAUCAGCCUGCGCAACCACACGGUACCCGAGUACAAGCGCGAGGACGCCCUCAACAUCAAUCGGGAGGUUGAGAACAUGCCAUUCAAGCAGUUUGCGUACCAGUUCCAUCAUACCUAUCAGACGCACAGCCGUGACGCAUCAACGAAGCCGUUCAAUCCCAUGCUGGACAACUCGUGGGCAGAGCAGGGCGAUCUGGACGGGCCGGCGAUGGAGAUGGUGAUGAGGCUGAAAGAGUUGAUCCAAGGCGAUGAUAAAUACACCGAGUUGGACAAUUUGGCGAAGGACCCCAUUCUUCCCAGCAACGGCGAACAGCACCCGUUCCCCCGCGACGUUUCGGUCAAUUACACCGGUCGACUGGUGUCCAGGUUCUUGCUGUCAUUUCUGGACGAGAAGUACAUAUUUGGCGAGAACACACUUUGA